ACUUCAGAUUCGAUUUGUUUUUAUUAUUAAAAAUAAAAUGUUCAUUAUAAAUUAAUUAUUCAGUGCUAAGUGCUAUAGGCAAUAGGCAUAGGCUAUAAAGCUUCUAUCGGCUUGUAGUGCUAUGAUAUUUAUUAUAUACAACUUGUAGGGUAUUCGCUAGUAAAUACGAACUAUUGGAAUAGGUGAAGAAAAAUAAAUAUCUGAAAACAGUUGUUAUGAACUAGAUAAAAACAAAUAGUGUUCUUUAAAAGCCUAAUUCUCAAAUCCUUUUAAUUCAAAUGUGAUGGCAUUUCUACACAAACUAGGAGAAUUCCUAAACUUUUCAGAGGAACAGUGCAAGUCAAAAAAUGAAAGUGAUAAAAUAUGUUCCUUUUAUGCUAUGAAAAAUGUGAAAAUUAAGAUUGAGGAAGAUGCGGAAAUUUCCUAUCGCCGCUUAACCCAACUUACACCCGUAAAAGUUGAGGAUUGUAAAAUAGAACUGUCAGAAACAGAGAAUGUUGAUAAAGUUAAGUCUGAUUCUUCUGAGAUACCCCCAGAGGAUACUAACAUUGAAAUUAAGCAAGAAAAUGAAGAGUUUGAUCCUGAUCUGGAUAAUAUUGCAGCUACUGAUCCCAUUAAUAGUUAUUCAACCAAUACUACUAGGGAGAGUAUUUAUAAAUCUAAGUCCAAUGCUCCUCAAAUUCUUCCACAAGAUAUUAAAGUUGCAAUUAAACAAGAACGUGAAGAUUGUGAUUUUUUUGUGGAUAAAAUGCGACUUACUCACAUUAACAAUAGUUAUUCAACUAAUUAUUUAAGCGAGAAUAUUGGUAUACCCAAGUCUGGUGCUUCUCAAAUUGCUCCACAAGGUAUUAAAGUUGAAAUUAAACAAGAACAUGAAGAGUCUGAAUUUGUUCUGGAUUCAGUUAGCAACACACAUAAUACUCAUCUAAAUUCAGAAGUAAAAUUGGAAGACUUUGUUAAACUGGAAAUUAAUUCUAAUUUAAGGAAAAGAAAAAUCAAAGCAGUUAAUAGAAGGAAGAAAUUAACGGAUUAUUCUACUUUCACCAAAAAAUGGCUUUCUUGGCUAACCUCAACAAGGAACAAAAACAAAAUUCAUAGUUGUUCCUUCUGUGGCAAAACAUGCAUAAAACCUUCAAUACUUAUGUCUCAUUGUAAAGUAAGUCAUUUUGCAAAAAAGGUAAUACGAACUAAGCAAACUAAAAUCAAGUCAUCUUCCAUAUUACAUGAUUUAGUGAAAAAGAAAAAUGAUGAAAACGGAUCGUCAUAUGAAGACCACUAUACAUUUGAUGAAAGUAAAAAGGAAUAUGUACGCUGUACGUUGUGUCCAAAAAAACCAAAGUCCCAUUUUAUCUUUCACACUGACCAAAAGUUAUUUGAAUGUACCACGAUUCAAAAAAAACUUAAUAAAUCCGGUAACUUGACCACACAUGUGCCUGUGGAAUCUACGAAAAAUCCAUAUACAUGUAAAGUUGGUUUAGAACAACUUUCUAAAAAUCGCUAUUUACUAGGACAGAAAAGUUAUAAAUGUCAUGUUUGUUCGAAAGAAUUCACCCAAAAUGAUCAUUUCAGAUGUCAUCAACUAGAACAUUCUGUGAAGCCUUUUGAAUGCGAACUCUGUGGAAAGAAGUUCAAGAAGGAGUAUCAAAUGACUCAUCACCACAUGGUUGUCCACUUUGGUAUCAGACCUUAUAAGUGUGACUUGUGCCCUAAAAUAUGUGUUCGGUCUGACGACUUGAAGAAACACCGAAGGGUGCAUAAUGGGGACAAACCACACAAAUGCACGAUUUGUCCGCAGGAGUUUGUACGAAAAUGGGGACUGAGAAUGCAUAUGCUUCGUCACACGGGAGACAAGCCUGCCAAGUGCGAGGUUUGUUCAAAAGAGUUUAAAUACGUAUACCGUCUUAACCAACAUAUGUAUGUCCACUCUAAAGAAAAGCCUUUCAAAUGUAAUAUUUGCUCAAAAGAGUUCAAACACAAUUAUAGUCUUAAACCACACAUGUUGGUCCACACUGCAGAAAAACCUUUUGAAUGUGAGAUCUGCCUCAAGAAACUUUGUUCUAGAAGCAGUUUACGCCGACAUAAGCUUCUCCAUUCCAAAGAAAAACGUUUCGAAUGCAGUAUAUGUUCGAAAAAGUUUGCCACGUCAAGUAAUUUAAAACAGCAUUUGUUUGUGCAUUCAGACAACAAGCGCUUCAAAUGUGAAAUUUGUCAAAAGAAGUUCACAGAAAAGCGUGGUUUGACUAGGCACAUGCAAGUUCAUAACGGAGAUAAGCCGUUUCAGUGCGAGAUUUGCUAUAAACGUUAUUCAGAAAAUUCAGCAUUAAAGACGCAUGUGCUUCUACACGAAAACAAAGACUGUUUCAAAUGUGACGUGUGCGAGAAAAGGAUGUCAACGAGGCACGGCUUAAAAGGUCAUAUGCGAAUCCACACUUUAGAAAAACCUUACGAAUGCGAUAUUUGUUUGAGAUCUUUUGCUAACCAAAGUAACAUGUUCAAACAUAAGAAAAUCCACGUUGAUAAAAAUACUACUUCCCCUGUCCAAAAAACAGGAACAGAUAUCAUUAAGUAAUAUUCUUGAAAAAUUUCCUUACGAAUGCUAUAUUGUUUGAGAUCUUUUGCUAACCAAAGUAACAUGUUCAAACAUAAGAAAAUCCACGUUGAUAAAAAUACUACUUCCCCUGUCCAAAAAACAGGAACAGAUAUCAUUAAGUAAUAUUCUUGAAAAAUUGUUACUGCGAGAUCUGUCGAAAAGCAGACCAUAAUGAACAUUUUCCAUAGAAGUUGGCUAGAGUAAUACUAGAUAAAUUACAAAAAAACCUCAAUGUCACAUUGUCAGUUUGUUUUUGACACCUUUCAGAAACAGCACUUACCUUUCAUUCAGUUGCCAUUAAACUGUCGUAAUGUAGAGAUGACAACUCAAUUUACAUCCCACGUGAUGGGAUGGUUCGUACCUUACCUAAAGGAUAAUUCCAUAUUAGUUAUAUUAAUCCUAUGGAAUUUCAAACAAAUAUUCAUUUGUAAAAUAACAUUUGGUAGCUCAGCUAGCAUUCAACCUGUAAGUUUAGCCAACUUGCUUUAACCCUAGUCAAAAUUUCAACUUUGUAUUCAUUAACACGGUUAUACUUACUUUUAGGUUUAUUUUAACACUGCUGAUGAUUUUGUAAGAAAUUCGAAAACGUUAUGUUGUGAUGUAGCCCUUAAAGGGAUUUUAAUAAAAGUUCUUAUACCUUUUACAAAGGAUUUUUUCAAUAUUUUUUUUUAUUUUCCAUAGAAGUCUAUCUUUUUGCUGGAAUCAGUUCAGAAUGUAUGUAAACCUUGUACUUAGUUUGUCAUUUAACAAAAUCUGCCAAGUUUGAAAAAGUAAAAUGAAUUUGGAAAAUGAUCAAUAAAAAAAAUGCUAUCCCAGGUUGCUUUAACUUCCUCCGUCGUAUAUUAUUAGUUGAUGCUCUGGAAAUCAGUGCCUUCUAGCAUUGUUGCUACAAAUUGGUUACGUUGCUUCCUGUUGUAUUUCUUUUUAUUGAUCAUGUCCCAAGUUUAUUUUGCUUUCUCAAACUUGGCUACACCCCAGGCAACCAAAUAACGUUUACAAAACGUUGAAAAAACGUCAUAAUUAUCACCAAACGACGUCAGUUUAUCACGUUUUUUCGACGUCGAAAAUCACGUAAAUAUGUCCCAUAAUACAAAACGUAGUUUUUACGUCUAUUUUGCGUCGUUUUUUAGAUUUAUUUUUCAUUUUAUGGUUUUAGAAAUACACAAUAAUUGAAUGGGUCCGCCGAAUAACGUUGUAAGCGCCACAUGGUUUGUUUUUGAGAAGUCAAAGAAAAAGUUUUAAUAUUGUGAUAAUGGUGAGUUUAUACAUUUUAAAGGUAAGUAAUAC